UGCCGAUUGUGACACAAUACAUGGCGUAAACAUUUGUUUUGGCUGCUUUAUUUUUGUUUUUUCGAUUUAAUUUAUUGUAAUUAUUUAGUUUUUAACUAUUAAUUUUGACUAUUACUCUAUUAAUAUUUGUAUAAAAGUUAAGAUAAAGUGAAUUGUUUAGAAGUUUGAAGAAAAAGCUGCGAAUCUAAUUGUUUGGAUAAUCAGAAAUGUUGAAGCGGCGGCAUCCCGAUGUCGCGACGUCUUCCCCCACAAAACCACCUCCAACCGGAUAAUAAUCCUUAUCAGGACACCACGUUAUCAGCCUGCCCGGCGCAGAAACCGCCGCACAACCACCACAACCACCAGUACCAAGGGUACCAGAAGCAAUGGAGGAACAGCCUGCGCCACAACGGGUACCGCAAACAUUUACCCACCACCACCAUCGACAUCGGCUACAGCGGAGACACCACUGACACCCAAACGUACGAUUACUAUCGUCACCACAACGGCUUCCAGCACAGUCCUUUGAAGGAAUCCCGCAACACCGAUGUCACCUUCUCCGACGACAGCGGCUCCACCAGGUUGCCUUAUUUCGAGUUCGAUGACGAAUCUAACAAGAGGUAUUCGAGGCAUUCCUGUUCGAGCAGGAGCUUCGGAAGGCCGAGCGUUCGAGGUCCUCCUGUCAAAAGCUCGAGGAAAGUUUAUCCCAAUCAGGAGCCGCAAUUGUGCGAGCAAUUGUACCACGAAAUAUCCACGCCCACCGAUGUAAACGCAGCCGGAAGAUCUCCCGGUAGACUAGCGGAAAGGCCGCAGAGCUCGAUGAGUUCCGGCGUGACCAGCGCGAUAGUUCACGGUUGCGGCGGUAGAUGUCAGACGUUCGAGAAUGUCUGUUACUUUUUCCUGCAGCUAAUCUUCACCAUGGGCAUCCUGAUAGGCGUGUCGCUGUACAUAGCCGGGAUCGUCCUGCGCAAAUCGGCGGCCAGGAACCUGCAGGUGCUGAUGUACAUCGGCAUUUUGCUGAGCUUGGUCUGCGGAUUGUUGUUGGGCAUCCAGUACGACGCGAGGAAGACGGCCAGGAAGCGAAAGAGGGCCGUGCAGAUGGCCAAAAGGGCGCCGAUACCUUUGGAGAAUUUGCAUUUGAGGGUGAAUCCGAUGCACCAGCAGCAGGUGGCCUGCGAAUGGGGCACGGGGAAUCGCAGGAAUUCGCAGUUACCGCGAGUGCACGGGAAUGUCAACAGGCCGUUGCCUCUUCGACCUUCCGAAAGGGAUUCUCCUGCGAUUGUAGAAGAACCCGGGAUACCUUGGUGGAGACGGAAAGAUCUUAACGCUCAUUAAUGUCUUAUAAGCUUCUUAAGAACUGUUCUGAAGGGUUUUUGGAACGUUCUGAAUUGUUCUAAACUAUCCUGGAGCGUUCUAAAAGAGUUCGGAAGAACUCUGAAAGCUUUCGGAAGGUUCUAAAUAGGUUUGAAGUGACUUGAAGAGGUAUAAAGCCGCUCAGACUUACUCUGAACGGUUUUGAAGCGCUCUGAAUAGUUCUGAACCGUUCUGAAUAGUUCUAGAACAUUGAAACGUUAACAUCAUGUAUCUUCGUUCACUUGCAAUAUGAGUUCGCAUUUUUUAUCGAAUUUUUCAAAGUAUCUAGAUCAUUUAGGUACCUUUGUACAUUGUAAAAUAUGUAUUAUAUAAUUUUCCUAAAUGGAUCCAUAGAAGUUUUUUUAAGAAGGCUAGUACUUUAGCUAAUGUUUUAAUACUAUUGAAUUGUAUAUCUGUAAGAAUUUUUAUUUUGUCAUAUUAAUCCUACCUCAACGAUUCUUGUGUAAUUUUUUUCUAGUCUUCUGUAAAGUGCCACUAUAAAAUUUCAUGUGUAAAACAGACAAUUAAUUAGGUAAUUUUUUUGAUGAAUUAGAGAAAUUGUAUUUUUUCGGUAUUGUGGAGUUGUUUGGACUAUUUUAUAAGAAUGGGUGACUUUUCGCGUGUAUAUUUUCGAUUUUUUUUAAAUUUUGCAUUGUUUUUGGAUACCAAUAUUUUGUACAUACUAUCUUGCAUUGCAAACCGUUGUGAAUUUGUAUUUUUCUAAAAUUUAUAUGUAAAUAUUUCACGUAGGCAUUAAUAAAUAUAUAAAACAUGAA